AUGACAAAUUGUGUUCACAAAACCCUAGCUGCUGUAAGGGCCAUCGAGGACGUCCACGUGCGCCGGUCAGCGAGUUUUAAGCUGCUAUGCGCGAGUGUGCUAUUCUCGAUCAAAAAGGCACGAGACAAGGCGGAGAUUGGUACCCUGAAGCUUCUCAUAAGAACCCGCUGGUUCGAUGCGACGGAUCGGCGAGACAAGGUCUUUGCGCUUGUUGGCCUCACAAGCGACAUCAAUCAGAGCUUUGUGGACUACUCCAAAAGUUACGAAGACCUGAUGAGGGACCUGAACCUCAUGCUUCUGGAAGGCAGGAUCAAGCCUACCUGGGGUAAUGUGUUAGAUGUGUUGUCAUUGAUUACACGUGAAGAGGACGACGAAAUCGCAGAGCCAAGCUGGGUGGUAGAUGUUUUCAAGCCGCAGAACUUCGAGGGCUCGUACACGCCUGUUAUGGGUGGAUACCCCUCUAAAGAGCCGCACAUUCAACGCAAGCCAGAGCUUCGCUUUCCUGAGGAGUAUGGGCCGGAGUGUCUCCGUAUUCGCGGUACUGUUUUCGAUACGAUCGCUCACACGGCUCCGUUUCCGACGUUCUUGCGCGAAGGCGGGUCACAACCAGUCGGAACCUACGACCUACAAAACAUAUCUGCUUAUCGCGACUGGCUCCUGCGCGUGGAUGCAAUACUAGAAACGCAACGAACAGACACCACUGAUGCCGACAGCAUGUACCGACCUACUGGCGAGUCCCAUGACGAUGCGUUCUGGCGAACCCUAUGCUGCAAUCGCACAUCCACGUACGGACUCAAGACUCCCACUGAUGGAAGCAGCUAUCAUGCGUUUCUCACCAAUCUCAUCAUUCUAGAAGCGAGCCCCGAGUUCGUUAGGAUUAAGCGCUGGAUCCUUGGCGUCGCUACAGCGUCAUCUCCAACCAUGGCAUACUACUUCCGGGGCAGGAAUUGGUUCUUGCGAUACGCUUUACCGCUCGCUGUUCCUCUCUUUGCUAUUUGUUUCAACGUUGCUUGGAGUAAGGCCUGGGAAUCCUGGCAAGACCAUCUGCAUAUCAAGCAAAGAGACUUUCAGACUUGCCAUAUGGCAUGGAUGUGGGGGCGACAGUUUGCCAUCACCGAACAGGGGUUGAUUGGGUUGGUGCCGGUUGCAGCCAGGGUAGGGGAUAGUGUUGGUUUCUUCGCAGGGUGCAGAGUUCCGUAUGCGUUGAGAAGACGUGGUGAGGGGUACGUUCUCAUCGGUGAUUCGUAUCUGCAUGGAGUUAUGGAUGGCGAGGGGGAGAAGUUUGAGACCGAGAUGCUGAAGAUAAUGUGA